UGGACCAGCGGCGGGGCCUGCGGCAAGAUGCCCAGGGUCUUCGGGGGUGUAGAGGGGGGAGGCACGCAGUCCAAGGUCCUUUUACUCUCCGAGGAUGGGCAGAUUCUGGCAGAAGCAGAUGGACCCAGCACAAACCACUGGCUGAUCGGGAAGGACAAGUGUGUGGAGAGGAUCAACGAUAUGGUGAUGCAGGCCAAACAGAAAGCAGGGCUGGACCCUUUGAUACCUCUACGGAGCUUGGGUCUGUCUUUGAGUGGUGGGGAGCAGCAGGAGGCUGUGACGAUUCUGACCCAGGCACUGAAGGACCGGUUUCCCUCCCUGAGUGAAAGCUACUUCAUGACUACUGAUGCUGCAGGCUCCAUUGCCACUGUCACGCCAGAUGGUGGCAUCGUGCUCAUCUCUGGGACAGGCUCCAACUGUCGGCUGGUCAACCCAGAUGGCUCUGAGAGCGGCUGUGGUGGCUGGGGUCACAUGAUGGGGGACGAGGGCUCAGCCUACUGGAUCGCACAUCUAGCAGUUAAGAUUGUGUUUGACUCCAUUGACAACCUGGAAGCAGCUCCUCAUGACAUCCACUACAUCAAAGAGGCCAUGCUCACCUAUUUCCAGGUGCCUGAUCGGAUGGGACUCCUCAGUCAUCUGUAUAGGGACUUUGAUAAAAGCAAGUUCGCGGGGUUUUGCCAGAAAGUUGCUGAAGGUGCUGAGCAAGGAGACUCCCUCUCCCGCUACAUCUUCAGGAAGGCAGGGCAGAUGCUGGGCAGACACAUUGUGGCCGUGUUGCCCAAAAUUGACCCGGUUUUGUUCCAAGGAGAGCUUGGCCUCCCUAUCCUGUGUGUGGGUUCUGUGUGGAAAAGCUGGGAGUUGCUGAAAGAAGGUUUCCUGUCAGCGCUGACCCAGGGCAGAGAGAGCCAGGCUCAGAAUUCCUUCUCUAGCUUUACGCUGAUGAAGUUGUGCCAUUCAUCUGCCCUAGGCGGUGCCAGUCUUGGUGCCAAGCACAUUGGACACCACCUCCCCCUGGACUACAAGGUCAAUGCCACUGCCUUCUACUCUUACACUUUCUCCUAGGGGCUGGCCCUGGCCCUACCCAAUCCAAGUCUGGUGAGCUUUGGGAGUUGAAAAACAGAAGGAAAUAAAUGCACUUUAUCCAUUC